AGCGGGUGCCCGGCGCGGGGAGCGGCGAGCGCAGCCAUGCCCCAGGCCGCCUACGGGGCAGCAGCAGCGGCGGCCGAGGCCGGGGCGCGGGCCGGGGGCGCCGGGGGGCCGGCGGCGGCCCGGGCGGGACGAUGAAGCGGCAGAACGUGCGCACGCUGGCGCUCAUCGUGUGCACCUUCACCUACCUGCUGGUGGGCGCCGCGGUCUUCGACGCGCUCGAGUCGGAGCCCGAGAUGAUGGAGCGGCAGCGGCUGGAGCUGCGGCAGCAGGAGCUGCGGGCGCGCUACAACCUCAGCCAGGGCGGCUACGAGGAGCUGGAGCGCGUCGUGCUGCUCCUCAAGCCGCACAAGGCCGGCGUGCAGUGGCGCUUCGCCGGCUCCUUCUACUUCGCCAUCACCGUCAUCACCACCAUCGGCUACGGCCACGCAGCACCCAGCACCGAUGGCGGCAAGGUGUUCUGCAUGUUCUACGCACUGCUGGGCAUCCCGCUCACGCUGGUCAUGUUCCAGAGCCUGGGCGAGCGCAUCAACACCUUCGUGAAGUACCUGCUGCACCGCGCCAAGAGGGGACUGGGCAUGCGGCGCGCCGACGUGUCCAUGGCCAACAUGGUGCUCAUCGGCUUCUUCUCGUGCAUCAGCACGCUGUGCAUCGGCGCCGCCGCCUUCUCCUACUACGAGCACUGGACCUUCUUCCAGGCCUACUACUACUGCUUCAUCACGCUCACCACCAUCGGCUUCGGAGACUACGUGGCGCUGCAGAAGGACCAGGCGCUGCAGACGCAGCCGCAGUACGUGGCCUUCAGCUUCGUCUACAUCCUCACGGGCCUCACGGUCAUCGGCGCCUUCCUCAACCUCGUGGUGCUGCGCUUCAUGACCAUGAACGCCGAGGACGAGAAGCGCGACGCCGAGCACCGCGCACUGCUCACGCGCAACGGGCAGGCCGGCGGCAGCGGCGGCAGCGGCAGCGGCGGUUUGGGCGCGGAUGGCAGCGCGCACACCACCGACACCGCCUCCUCUACGGCCGCGGUAGGCGGUGGUGGGGGCGGCGGGGGCGGCGGCGGCUUCCGAAACGUCUACGCCGAGGUGCUGCACUUCCAGUCCAUGUGCUCGUGCCUCUGGUACAAGAGCCGCGAGAAGCUGCAGUACUCCAUCCCCAUGAUCAUCCCGCGGGACCUCUCCACGUCCGACACGUGCGUCGAGCAGAGCCACUCGUCGCCGGGAGGGGGCGGCCGCUACAGCGACACGCCCUCGCACCGUUGCCUGUGCAGCGGGGCGCAGCGCUCUGCCAUCAGCUCCGUGUCCACAGGCCUGCACAGCCUGUCCACCUUCCGCGGCCUCAUGAAGCGCAGGAGCUCCGUGUGAACGUCCCGCGGGGCCUGGAGCAUUUGGGAGCGCGGGCUGGGCGGGGUUCCUGCCCGGAGGAGCAGCAGGGGUCGGCGAGGGGGCCACCCCAGCCGCCUUCAGCCCGCGGGCCACCUACACAUCCCUCACCACCCUCCCCAUCUCCCCCACCCAUCUCCGACUGUGCCUGCUCGCACCAGCCAGCAGGAGCUGGGGCUCUGAGGACCCCUGGAGCCCCUAUCUGUGCCCUGCAAAUUCCGAGAAAUGUGAAACUUGGGGGGAAGGGAGGGGAAAGCAGAAGCUGGGAGCCUCCCAUCCCUUUAGAAAUCUAAGGAGCUCCCCGGUUCUCAGAGGCCCUGCUGGUACCCAGACAACCCCACCCCCACCUCCUCUGUCCAGAGGGGACUUCGUGUGUGUUCCUCGUCGGUUUGCAUCUCUAUUUAUACCUCUCUCCUGCCAGGUCUCCCACCCUCCCUUGGCUCUCAAGGCCAGGGUGUCUUUGUCUAGGUCACCCCCCUCAGUCCACUGCCCUGCCUCAUCCCGCCCCACCCCCGCUGUGUCUCCCAAGCUCCCACGACCUUCUGUGUUGUUUUGCAUGGCUUUGCAGUUAUGGAGACAGCGGAAGCCCAGCAGCCCCUAAAGCUAGACCCCAGAGGGCAGGCGGACAGAAGCAAGGGCAGGCAGCCACAGGAGGGGCAGCG